AUGUUUACAAUUCAGUAUUGGACGAUAAGUUUAAUAACAGGUAUACUGAUUCUUAAUUGGCUUCGAGGACGAGUUAAAACCUCCCGGUAUCAUGUUAUUGCACGUCAACGUGCACAAGCAAAACGAACAGCUCGUGAUAAACGUCGAGAACAGUUGUUAAAUCUUCUACGAACAAAAUAUUCAAAGCAUCUGCCUGAACGUAGAAUAGCCGAGAGAAUAUCACAAUCAACAGCAGUUGAAUUACUAGAUGGCCUGCAUAAGAAAGAUUUUACUUACACACAAGUCACACUUGUACUUUCUUUGCGUGCCAUUAAAAUCGGACAAACACUUAAUUGCACUACUGAAGAGUUUUUUGAUCAAGCACUUGAAUAUGCCGAAAAAUUAGAUGAAAAUGACAAUAGUGACGCGGAAGUUUUACUUAAAGGUAUACCCAUUAGUUUAAAAGAUCAAAUUGAUCAGCAAGGAGCAGAUUCUUCAAUGGGAAUGGCUAUGAGAAAUUUUCAGCCAGCAUCUAAAGAUAGUCUUAUCGUUGAAUUACUUAAACAGCAAGGCGCAUUUCCUGGUUUUGUACGUUCAGCAACUAUACAGGCAAUGAUGUUACCGGAUACUGAAAGUGAAACUUAUGGAGUAGCAAACAAUCCUUACGAUUUAACACGUUCAACAGGUGGCAGUAGUGGUGGUGAAGGAGCAUUGAUAGCUUCUCGUGGUUCUCCGAUAGGAAUCGGUACAGAUAUUGGUGGAAGUAUUCGUAUACCUGCGCAUUUCUGUGGUAUAUUUGGAUUUAAACCUACACCAGGACGUCUUACAAAUAAGGGUGCAUGUAGUCCUAGUGCUAGAAAUGAAAUGGGCCAAUUAAAUAUUCGUGCAACUGCUGGUCCAUUAGCUCGAUGUACAGAUGAUCUUGUUCUUGUUAUGCGUUCAUUCUUGCAAGAAAACAUGUGGCAUAACGAUCCUGAAUUAAUCAGACAACCGUGGCGAAAUGAACGCUUUAUCGAUAAAAAAAGAUUGACUAUUGGCUUUUAUACAAAUGAUACUUGGUUUCCCGCUGCACCUGCUUGUAUACGAGCCGUUAAUGAAGCAGCUGAAGCUCUUCGUAAAGUUGGCCAUACUGUUAUUCCAUAUACACCAAUUGAUGUGCCGGAAGCUUUACGUCUUUUUCUUGGUAUCAUUGGAGCCGAUGGUAAUCGUCAUUUACUUGAAUCAUUAGAAAAAGAACCAAUCAAUUCACUUUAUAAACAACUGUUUCAAGCAGCAAAACUCCCGAAUUUUCUUCGUCCUUUAUUAGCGCGUCUACUUCGUAUUUUUGGUGAGCGACGCAAUGCUCAUGUUAUUCUAUCAGUAGGCUCAAAAACAGCUCAUGAAUAUUUUGAUUUAAUUAUCGAUAUGCAAAAGUAUGUUCAAAAAUGGUUAGAUGAUCUUAAAAGCAAUAAUAUAGAUCUACUUCUCGCACCAGUUAAUGGUUUACCAGCAUAUCGUCAUGGUCAAUCCGGUCAUUUAUUUCAUUCGUGUAGUUAUACGUUACUUUUCAAUAUUCUUCAUUUCCCAGUUGGCGUUGUACCAGUAACAUUAGUUCGAGACGAUGAACAAUAUUAUGAAGACAUUGGCAACUUAAAUAAUGACAUGGUUACAUCUCUUGCUAAAGAUGUAUGCCGACAAUCGGCUGGACUACCUAUUGGUGUUCAACUGAUUGGUUGGCCCAAUGAUGACGAACGUGUUUUAGGUGUUAUGAAAGAACUUGAAACUACCAUCGGAAAUAACUCAUCGCCCAUACCAAAGUUGGCCAAUAACAUUGACAUUUAUACAGAUUAA